GGAAAUCGCAAAACAAUAUGGCUGCGCCCAUAACAUAAAUAAAUAAUAUACUUCCCUAUGAAAUACCAUUAAUUUGAAGAGUCACUUCUGGCAUGUACCUUCGGAGGGACGGGUUCUAGUAGUGCUGUUCAGGAGCCUGUUUAAAGCCCUCAACAACACUGUCUUCCCAUAAACUGUGGUUCCAAUAAACAAGUGUUUCCCUCAAAAAAGAAUGUUUAUACUGGUAAACUCAUGGACAAUCUGCUGAUGUGAAGAAUUCAGAAAUCAACAUGACGGCUUACAAGUUCACCUCCCAACGUCAGCUGCGAGAUGUGCUGAACAAUGUGGAGCGUGUACAGAAAGCCAACAUUGAUGAAUACUCUUGGGGUCACCUGAAUGAGAAAAAACUUUAUAAAGCACCUUACAAUGACACACAUGGCAGGUUUUGGAAGUCAUCAAAAAAGAAGAAAUCAUCAGUGAAAGACAAAGAUCUUAUUCCUGGACUUAAGACAAUUUCUUCAAAACAUAAAAGUGAUAAUGGGUCAAAGAUGAAGGAGGUUUUGUAUGACUUCAGUAUUGGGACAAUGGGAGGUGUUCCCUUCCCCUCUCCUGUUAAAUCAACCACACUGCCUAAAAAGGAGAAAGUAGAGGAAUUCAGGAAAGAAACAACUGACAUGAGUAGAGUAACAGAGGAAAGCAGAGUGAGCAGGAGUUUCCGCAAGGACACAGCUUCAGCUAAGUCUCUGUAUUCUGAGCUGGAUGAUGGGAUUCUUGUGGAGCAAAUGCCAAACCAGGAAAUGAUGGUCACCCCACCAAGACAGAUACAGAACCAAUACCUGCCUAGGAAAAUGAAUCCUAGUGAUCCUAAUUAUGAUGUCAUGCAGGACUUGACACAGACGCUAGAUAUUGAUGGUUAUUUAACAGCCAAGCAUACAUUUUUGCCAUCAUUUACUACAGGAAUUACAAAGACUGAUCAGUUUAAUAAGCUUAAAGAAUUUGAGACUGUUGUACUGCGAAAACAAGACACGCGUGAACAGAAGGUGCUGUCUGGAAUGAAGGCUGUGCAGCAUCUGGAGAAAAGACUAGAAGAGGACCUUGAGAUGAUGAACUUGGGUGGUGUCGGCCCAAACUUCCACAAGCUGCAGGUGUACAGUAACAGUUUUGAGGAUCUCAUAGAGGAAACAAGCACCUUUGGAUACAUGCUCAAAUGUAUCAAGUCAGAGUAUGAUGGGUACAUCACAAAACUGCUUGACAGUCAGACACCGCAACACAGUCGCCUGCUCCGGGACCAGGUGGAACAAAUGUCGGCGCGUGGUACAUCACGGCCAGCAGAGCUUGCUGAGGCCAAACAGCGUGUGGCCACGCUGGAGGAGGCUGCCACAGAGGGUAUAGAGGAAAAUGAGAGGUUACGUGCACAAGUCGCUGAGGAGGAGGAGUGGCUAGCCAAUGCCCCUGAGCCAGAGCCCCCAUCUAUCCCGAUUAUCAGUCACUUUGUGGAUGACACUCCUGUGGAACUUGCCGAUGAGAUUGAACAUGGCAAGGCGCUCAUUCUUGAGAAAUUGGACGCUCUAACAGAGCUGAGGAGAAAACUUCGCCUUGAAUACGUGCCUCUGACCGUCUGUACACAUCUGGAGCAGUGUAUCAAGGAGACUCAGAUCGAGGUACAGAAGCUGUUGAAGCAGAAUGAGUAUUUUGAGCGAAGUAACAACGAGAUGGAGACCGAACUGCGUGACUCCAUCCAGGAUGCAGACACCAGUGAACGGGAUGCAAGGCGUAUUUGGAAGAAGGUGAACUCACUGAAGGGCCUGCCACGUGUAAACCUGUCCCGGAACGAGGGUGCAGUGGAUGACAGUGAUGACGAGGAAGAUGAUGAGACCAAGUGGAACUGGUACAUCUCCUAGGCAAACAUCACUGUAGUUACCGUUGUUUUCUUGUGCAUCAAUAAUAUAUUAUCAAAAAGGGUUAUUUGCCUUGAUAAUAAAUAUGGUAUGAGAUGUCAGUUCCUUGUGUUUGAAGCUUAUGCCAGUUACCCUGCAAUAUAAUUGUUAAUGGGUGAAGUGUCAAGAGUGAAAUAUAAUUGAUGUGUGAAUACCUUUAACUUUGUUAUUAUUAUCUCGCGUUGCUACAGAGAGAUAACUUUUAUAUGGUUUUGUUACAUUUUGAUGUUUGCAUACUGUGUUUUUUAUUUAGCAAAUAACAUCUGCAUUCACUAUUGUAAAGUGAGAGCACAUUUUUAAAUGUCAGAUUUAAAAAUUGUCAACUCCUACAUUGUGUAUUAAUGUUUGGUAACACAUACACUUUACAUGAAGGAGCUUCUGUGUUAUGAUGUUUCUGUGAUAUAUUCAUUUGUAUUUGUUCACAUUGUUUUGAAUUACAGAGGAAGUAAAUAUGCUAGAAUGAA